GGUACUGCGCUGACGGGCCCCGUCACCGUAGUCAGUGCCUAUUUCAAAAAGUUUGAAGUCUUGCAUCACUUCUGACCAUGUUGACACUUCUUUUUGGAAGGCAAGUUUUGUGUAGUACGUGCGUCCCGCGCGGCAAGUGAGUUUGGUGCGAGUUUUGAACGCUGAACGCCGCUUUCUGUGUCACGCAAGUUGUUCUUAGGGGUCGACGGGAUGGUUGAGCACGAAGGAGAAGUGGAACAGGAUCGUUUGGCCGAUGACGGUCCCUCACUGACGAAACUACCGGAUCACGUGCUGAUCAAAAUCUGCCAAUAUUUGGAACCAUUUGAUGUGCUGAGCUUUGGUAGAACAUGCCACUGUCUCAACAGGUUGACUUCAAGUCGGUUCCUGUGGACGUCCUUGGCUCUGUCGUGGUGCCGGGGCUUGUGGAAUUACCUUCCCGGCGAAGCUGGCUACGGGCCUGAGGAGCCCAAGCAGUGGCUUUUUCAUCUGCUGCGACUGUGCAGAGAAAGGCAACCAACGAAGGUGCAGACAGUGUCGUUCGAGAAUGGCGAGACAUGGGUUCGGACGCGAAAUGACAGGUUUACUUGCAAGGUUAGCAUGCUUGCCUGGGCAUACGAGGCCAUGAACAACAGGAAGUCCCCAUUCGUCCUGAACUGCGUCUGGGUCGAUGACAUAGCCCUGUUCAAACGCCUCAGCCCUAAAAUACACUUCAAUGUUUCAGAACUGACUCUCGAUCUAAAGAGUGCCCGCCAGCUUGCCACCCUAGGUGGGGCUCGGGCACACGACCUACGGGGCCCAAAGCAACCCCACAUCGACGCUCGCAACUAUAUCUCGCGCAAACCGCCUUCGAGUGCAAGAUGGUGCGAGGAUCUGUUUCCCCAAGGCCCAGAGGGAAGCAUUUGCCCGUUAUUGGUGUGCCCUUCCACGGACGGUUACGCUCUGGAAUCUUCAGGUGUUGAUGGUCUCGUUACGUGUGCGUGCUAUGUGCUCGAGCGGCAUCUUGCCCGUGCCUGCCUCAGAGGACAAAUGACGCUUGGAAAGAUGGCUGUCAUGAUCAAGGACGCAUGCUGGUACUUGCACAGCACCUACCUUGAUCAUAAGAGGACGGCUGAGCAGAAGUGGCCAAACUGCCCCGUAGCCCAUGCCAUCGUCAGCAUGUCCGAAGGGGGAUUGCCCGAUUUGGCUGCCUGGCAGCCUUUUCUCAACCCACUGGGCCUGCAGUGGAGAGAAGUGAUGUCCCAGUGUGCCGCACUGCUUAAAGAGCAUGGAACGUUGGACGCCAUCGUCGACAUGGCGAGGAUUCGGUGGAGGCAGGCCCUGCUGUCUGACAUCGAGGCUGUCGUUGGGCACAGUGGCAAGACAUUUGCUUCGAGGAUCAAUCUCACGGACUGCGACGUAAUUGGUGGAGACAAUCCACACCAGGACAUGGCUUCAGCUGCAUUUGUGUCUCCGUCUGGUGCCUUAGUCAUGUGGCAACUUCUUGGCCAGGGUUACUACUGAUACUACAAGGGCGCGAAUGCACACACGCACAUGAAGACCUGAACAAAGUAGAGGAUUGCAUCAAAGGCCCAGUGCAGCAAAAAGUUCCGAUCUCGUAAAGAGGCUAGUUUUUAAUAUUGUAGAUAUAGAGGAGCCUCCGUGCAAAAUUUUGGUUUUAAAGUAUGGGUGGAAG